AUGGCAACAAUUUCACCCCCUCCGCCUGUUCUCGAUUCCAAUUCCAGCUCGUCAGAUCUUCCCCCAGGCGCCUUUAUCGCCUCGAUCACCGCCGCGUUUCUUGCCUUCGUCGGUCUUUUCCUGUGCCUCGUUUUCGCUCGCUGGUUCAUUGCUCCUGAACCAGAACAGGAGGAUGACAGGAAUAACCAGCGGCGGAGACUUUUCGGCUUGGAUAAAGACCUCGUCAAGAGCUUUCCGACCUUCGUUUUCGCAGCUGAGCAAGCCAAGGAGAGCGACUGUGUCAGUUUCCGUCAGUGCUGCAUCUGCUUACAAGACUACGAACCAGGCGACGAAAUCAAGUCUCUUCCGGUUUGCGGUCACAGGUUCCACGAAUCGUGUAUCGACAUGUGGCUGGAAGGGAAGAGAACUUGUCCAGUGUGCCGGGCGAAUCUCAGACCCAAGCCAUCGGUCGACAGCGGCUUCUGUUUCUCGUUCGUGCGAAACCGAGCCUUUUCCCGCCGUCGCCGGGCGAAUCUGGCGCUCGAAAAUGGCGGCGCCUCACGCGGAAGGCCGGGAACGCGGGGACUGGAAGACGCGCUCGUUGAUUCCUUCCCCACGUUCAUGUUCUCCCCGGAAACGGCGGAGAGCGAUAAAUUCGUGGAGUACGGCGGUUUGAAGUUACCGGGAGAGGAAGGAAGAGGGGAUUUGGAGGGCGGGAAGGCGGUACCGAACUGGGGGGAAGGAGAGGGAUUUCGCGAGUGCGCGGUGUGCUUGGCGGAGUAUGUUUCCGGGGACAUGCUGAAACUGCUCCCCCCGUGCGGGCACGUGUUCCACGUGGACUGCAUUGACACGUGGCUCCAAGGAAAAACGACCUGCCCGAUAUGCCGCCGACACAUCGGUCCAAGUGCUGAAGUCAAGGAAGGAGAUUCAGAAGGAGGCGGGAUAGCGGGAGAUAGGGGACAACAAAUCAAGAGGGGAGAGCAAGGGGGGAGCAGCACGGGGGGAGGUUUAGCGGGUCUGGAAGCCGACAGAGAGGAGUUAGGGCAGCAAGCGGUGGCAGGAGCAGGUAGGGGGGUAGCAGAGGGGGAGACUUCGGCAAAUUCUGUGCCACAGAGUGCGAAUUCGGUUCCAAUUGAGCAGCAGUCCGUUUCAGCAGCAACCGCUGGGGGAGGCUUACCCUCAGUGUGGGUUCGACUGUGGUCAUUGUGGUUGAGAGAAGCUGCGACUCCUCCCGGGGUAGAUGGCCGCGUUCUUGAAUCUGUUCCGGUGGCCCCGUCCCCAUCUGCCGUGGUCUUUAUUCCUCCCUCUGGUGUAUCAUAG